AUGUCUAUGCAUGACUUAGGUCAUAGUGGCAAUGUUGGACUAUCAAAAUAUCAUUCAGUUCGAGGAGAAUCGUUUCUGGCUAUCAGAUCAUGUCAAGUACAGGUGAUUGGUAGCAAUGACUAUGUUGGAUGUUUCAUUGAUACAAAUAUUAGACUGUUACCACAUGAAUAUGUGUUGGAUGACUUAAGCAACCCCUCAGAUAUGGAAAACAACUUGUGUUUGCUUUACUGUAAAGAACAGGGUUACAUGUACUCUGGAACAGAGGUCUCCAAAGAAUGUCAUUGUGGGAAUGAUCCUUAUCAGUACGGCCCUGAAGAUGUAAAUGAUUAUUACCUCAAGGGUGAUUUUGAUUGUGAUUUUGAAUGUCGUGGUGAUUCUGAACAGAUAUGUGGAGGUGGAUGGAGGUUAUCAGUAUAUGAAACAGUGUCAAGUACAGUUAUUGUUAGUAAUGAUUACGUCGGAUGUUUUAUUGAUACACCUUUAAGACUACUAUCACAUCAAUAUAAGUUGAACGGAAGUGACCCUCCAGAUAUGGAAAACAACAAAUGUUUGCUUUAUUGUAAAGAACAGGAUUACAUGUACUCCGGAACACAGGUUGGUAGGCAAUGUUUCUGUGGUGAUGACCCUUAUACGUACGGCCCUGAAGAUGUAAGCGAGGGUUAUAUUAGGAAUUAUACCUGUGACCGGCAGUGUGGUGGUGACUCUGAACAGAUAUGUGGGGGUGGAUGGAGAUUAUCAGUGUAUGAAACAGGAUACAUAUCUUUAACACAAGGACAAGUUCAGUUUAAGCUGAUCUCAAAUGGCACGUUUAUUACAGCAUCGGCCAACCAAGUUAUGAAGUCAAGUAGUAAAAUCGAUUGUGCUCUGUACUGCAAAAUAUCUGACUCCUGUAAAGUGUUUGUGAUUUCAACAGAAACUGGAGAGUGCAGGAGCUUCUCUGACGUUGAUUUCGCCGUUUCAUUCGUAAAAAGUAGCAUGGCUAUGAAGCUGUUUGCCUUGUUGAUGUGUGUUUAUUCUACGGAGUCAUUAAAGUGUCAAGUACAAGUUAUUGAUAGUAAUGAUUACGUUGGAUGUUUUGUUGAUACACGAACACGACUGUUACCCCAUAAAUAUUGGUUGAACGGAAAUAAUCCCCCAGAUAUGGAAAACAACUUGUGUUUGCUUUACUGUAAAGAACAGGGGUACAUGUACUUUGGAACACAGGCCACUAGACAAUGCUUCUGUGGGGAUGACCCUUAUCAGUACGGCCCUGGAGAUGUAGCCGAUUAUUACCUCGGGGAUAAUGAUUGUGAUCAGCAGUGUCGUGGCGAUUCUGAACAGAUAUGUGGAGGUGGAUGGAGGCUAUCAGUGUAUGAAACAGGUACAAUGUAA